CACACGGUGAUGUCAUUUCCUCCGUAAAUAACAACACCGAAAUUUGUAGCGGGGAAGUUGUUUUGAGGUGCAAAAUCAACGUGAUAAACACGUCAACUACUUAAGCUAUUUUUAAAAACUUUUUUGCAUGUAAGAGGACUAUUAUGUAAUAAUUUUCAUUCUUUAAAAGCAAUAGCUUUCAAUGGAGGGUUCCAAAUCGUCGAGCACAACCAUGCAGGUUAGCUUCGUGUGUCAGCGCUGCUGUCAGCCUCUGAAGCUCGACACCUCCUUCAACGUACUCGACCGAGUCACCAUCCAAGAACUCAUCGCUCCCUUAGUCACAGUGACUCCCAGCAAACAGGCCGACAGCAGUGACGGGGAGACAGCACCAGAGGAGACCUUUGUAGAAAACAAACAAGAUGGUGUAGCAAGAAAAUACAUCCCACCUUCACGAAUGAUGUCUACUGAGAGUGCCAACAGCUUCACUUUGAUUGGAGAAGCAUCUGAUGGUGGCACCAUGGAAAAUUUGAGUCGUAGACUGAAGGUCACUAGUGACCUGUUUGACAUCAUGUCAGGACAGACAGAUGUGGACCACCCGCUGUGCGAAGAAUGCACCGACACACUGCUAGACCAUCUGGACACACAGCUCAACAUCACAGAGAAUGAAUGCCAGAAUUACAAGCAGUGUCUGGAGCUGCUGUCACACCUGCCAGUGGAGGAAGAGGAGACCUUGCUGGCAGAACUUCAGCAGCUAAAAGAGGAAGAGGAGGCACUGGUCCAGGAGCUGGAAGCAGUGGAGGAUCAGAGGGCUGCUGUGGCCCAGGACCUGGCCCAGAGCCGAAUGCAUUCUCAACAGCUGGACACAGAGGAGCUCCAGUACCAAAAGGAGUACAGCGAGUUUAAACGGCAACAGCUGGAGCUGGACGAUGAGCUGAAGAGUGUUGAUAACCAGAUGCGUUACUGUCAGAGCCAAUUAGACCGGCUGAAAAAGACCAAUGUAUUCAAUGCCACAUACAUCUGGCACAGUGGUCAGUUCGGUACCAUUAACAACUUCCGUCUGGGACGGCUCCCAAGCGUCCCUGUGGAGUGGAAUGAGAUUAAUGCUGCCUGGGGGCAGACAGUGCUACUACUUCAUGCGCUGGCCAACAAAAUGGGUUUAUGCUUCCAAAGAUAUCGUCUUGUCCCAUAUGGAAACCACUCAUAUCUGGAGUCAUUGACAGACAAGUCCAAGGAACUUCCACUUUACUGCUCAGGUGGUCUGAGGUUCUUCUGGGAUAAUAAGUUUGACCAUGCAAUGGUGGCCUUUCUCGACUGUGUCCAGCAGUUCAAAGAGGAGGUGGAAAAAGGAGACACUGGCUUCUGCCUCCCAUACAGGAUGGAUGUGGAGAAAGGUAAAAUCGAGGACACGGGCGGCAGUGGCGGCUCCUACUCCAUCAAGACCCAAUUCAACUCUGAGGAGCAGUGGACCAAGGCACUAAAGUUUAUGCUGACCAACCUCAAGUGGGGGCUGGCAUGGGUCACAUCACAGUUCUACAACAGAUAACCCGCUAGUCAUUCGCCCUGCAUAUAAUUGUUUGGAUAACUGUUAAAAGAAGAGGACUUGUUUGCACAGCAUUGUGCAACUUUUUGUUCUGGACCACUGUUCAGGUCUUGGUGUACAUUUCACUGUGCAGUCAAAUUAUGGGUGCAACAACAACAUGCAAGUUGCUAACGUGUGGCCUCUAAAAGCAAGAAUGUCUUCUACUUUCAUUACAUUUUCACUAUUCAAAACAUGGUGUUUCUUGUAUGAGAGUGCAAUAAAACGUGUAAGAACUCCUCACGUGGGUUUUGAAAGAAAGGCUCAUCUGACAGAACCAGUCACCUGGGAGUCUUGACGGUGGUGACCCCCUGUCGCAUUAACACCUUCAAUGACUACAUCUCUCCAGUUUUUGCGUUGUCACAUUUGUUGUAAAUUAACUUGGUCAUAAAUAAGACUUUUGGACAGAAUUCCAGAUGACUGCAUUGUAUCAUUCACCUAAACCACCACUGUUGGAUACAACUGCUGCCUUUAAUGAUGGAAUGUAACAAACUUAUACUGUGAAAAAUAAAUGU